GUCCCCCAGAUCCUCUGCAUGCUCCACGCACAGCCUUCCUCAUCGUCUAACCGAGCUGUUGGAAAGAUCCGUGCCGCCGCCUCUCGUGCUCCUGCCGAAUUAUCCCGCCCCUUUGUGUGAACUGCGACGCGGCUCUUACAUUUUCCCCGGUAGCAGAUACGGAGUUUGGGCGCCUCUUAUUUUCCUGCCGCCCCUCCUGCUGCGUGGCGUCGCGAAUUAUAGAUGCAAUACUUCUCUGUCCACUCGUUUUAAGUAAUACCAUUAGGACUUAUCGUCUAGAUAUUGUAUUUAUUUGUAUAUACUGGAUCAAAUGCCUCCGUACCCACCUCUCCCCUACUGGCAUCGCUCGCUCACCCACCAGUAGCCUCCUCCACAUCCGCCGUGACACCCGGCGCGCUUUGCGGGCCCGUUUCCACUAGCAACGCUGGAUCCUAUCCCGCAUGGGCGCGAUAAGAGACAUACCGACCGCUGUCGUCCUACUGUUAAUUAUACUCGUCGCUUUCCGGCCGCCUGCCGCAACUCACGGGCAGACGUUCAACGACAACCGAUACAAGGGCGUGGGGUUUCAGACAUGCGUACCUUCCGAGAAAGUUCGCUGCAACCGGCUGUGCAACUCGACGACGGGAACGGACGGCCGGUACCUUGUGCCGAUCCGGUGCACGGCGGCGACGAGCGUGCGACGCUUGACGACGCCGUACUGCGCGAGCAAUGCGAUCUCUCGGUCGCAGUGCUGCCUGAGAUGCGCGAAUGCCGGGGCGUGCGCCUACUGGCAGCACAUCAUACCGCCCAACCCGGUGUGUGCGGGGUGUGGGAUGUGCGUCAUCUAUCCCGCGGCGGCCGCGGCGCCGAAAUGCGCCUCGGCCAACAUCACGUUCAAGAAGGUCGCUCGGCUAAACGCCAAUGUCUCCACUGUCGGCACCCCCUGCGGCAGCACCAAGAACGACCCGCACUUCCGCGGCGCGCACGGCACGCGGUUCGAGUUCAACGGCGCUCCCGAGAAGACGUACUGCCUGCUGACGGACUCGAGCCUGCACGUGAACAUGAAGAUGCGCGGGUACUACGACACGCGCACCAUCGGCGCGUCUCUGCUGCGCAACGGGCUGGCUGUGCGCACGUGGAUCCGCGAGCUGGGAGUCGUUUGGCGGGAGCCGGGGGCGGAAGACUCGGGGGAAGCGGAGGCCGCGGAAGGAGCGGAAGGAGAAGCCGGAAUCGGGGGAGCGGGAGUGCGGGCGGGACGGCGGAGGAAGCACACGCUACGGCUGGUGGCGCGGGACGGCAAGGGGCAGGGGCGGAAGGACGGCGGGCGGCUGCUAAGACUGGUCGAGCUGGAUGGGCGGGCUCUGCCGGAGUUAAGACCCGGGCAGCAGCACUCCGCCCCCGGCUUCUCCUUCUCCUUUGAAGCGGAGGAGACCCUAGGUGGAGGCUUCUUCGAGGUGGACUCGUACCGACUCACUAUAGACUCGCUGCUCGACAUCCGUAUAAAGCUGCGCGUUGCACACCCCUUGCUUCAGACGCCCAAGGAUGCACAAGCCCAUAUCAACCUCCAUUUCUCCCACAUCCAAUCAUCGCCGAGUAUUCAUGGAGUGCUCGGGCAGACAUAUAGAAGCGGGAGGGAGAGAAGAGCUAUGGACUUUUCAGCCCUGGCUGUUUUGCUGGGGCAUCCUAUUGCAGCCGAGGGGGAGGAAGGACGGGGUUUCUUGGAUGGGCAGACAGGGGACUACGAGACAACGGGGGUACUGGAAAGUGACUGCGUAUACUCGGCAUUUGAUGGACGGAAGCUGCCCGCAGAAAUCACUUGGUGAGCGUUGCUGGUGUUGGCGCUUCUGGCGGUGAAAGAGCGGGAUAGACCUGCAUAUUCAUCCACUGCCUUCCACAUUAUCUUCAUUUUGUUCAUUGUUGACUCUGAUUGCACUUGUGAUUUGGUAACAAACGAUGUUGCAGAACGUCCAUUGUAGCUCAGCAGGUUAUGUGGCUACCUUUGCCACUGCAUAUUGCUGCCAACAGCAAUCGCUAUUGCAUCGGAACGGCUGUACACACAUUCCUCUGAAUCUUUUUGUACUAC